AUGAGGCUACCAAGGAGAGCCAAUCGCGCAUUGGCGGAUGCUGCCCGCGCUGUUGAGCAAUUGCAUGAGGAGCAGGAGCACUCAAUGAAAAUUGAUGCCCUUCGUAAAUCCCUCGAGGAGCAAGUUAAACAGUUGCAAGUCCAAAUCCAGGAAGCAGAAGCUGCUGCGCUUUUGGGAGGCAAGAGGGUAAUUGCCAAGUUGGAAACUCGUAUUCGUGACCUUGAAACUGCCUUAGACGAGGAAACGCGCCGCCACAAGGAAACUCAAAAUGCUUUGAGGAAAAAGGAUCGCCGUAUCAAGGAGAUGCAAAUGCAGAUCGACGAGGAACACAAAAACUUCAUUAUGGCACAAGAUACUGCUGAUCGUCUCUGUGAAAAGUUGAACAUACAAAAACGUCAGCUUGGAGAAGCGGAGGCAGUAACCAUGCAAAAUCUACAACGUGUGCGGCGGUAUCAGCGUGAGUUGGAAGACGCUGAAGGACGUGCUGAUCAGGCUGAAAGCAGUCUUCAUCUAAUCCGUGCCAAGCAUCGCAGCAGCGUCGUAACCAACAAGAGUAACUCGCCAAAGGUUUAUGUUCUCGAGGAUGAACAAUAA